AUGUCAUCAUAUAAAAGUAGUAAGUUUCAUUCUACGAAUAUGAUUAAUUGUAGAAUGGAUCAUAUAACUGUUAAUUUCGUGACUAAUAACCAAUCUAAUGAAAAUGAGUGCAUGGAAAAAAUAUCUGAAUAUUCGAAUGAAUUUGAAAGAAAAAUUCCUAAGUUUGAUAAAAAUACAUGUACAGAUCUGUGCGAUGAAUGUUAUGAAUUAAAUAAAUUUAUAAAGAAAAUAAAAGUUAGUUUAAAGGAUUGCAGAGAAACUUUAUUUUAUGAUAUAUAUGGAAGUGAUAUAAAGGAUGUCAGAGCAAAAUGUGCAAAUUCACAAAAAUAUAGUGCGGAUGCAGAAGAUUAUGGUGAAAAUUUUAAUAAAUUAGAAUUGGAAAAAAAUGCUUGUCAUCAAAGAUGUAAAACAGAAGUACAAGAGACAGAAGAACCUAUAUCAGUUUCAACAUCUGUCUCCCAGUCGUCUAAAGCCAUAAUAUCAGAAGCAGAACAUUUUCCACGAAUGAAUGAAGAACAGUUAUGUCAGGUAGUAUCAGGUAAACUAACCAUAGAUCCUAAAGUUCAAGAGGAUCUCCAUGUUUCAGAUGAUUCUGUUGAAAAUUCAGAUAAUCCACAUAAAUCACCACAUAAUGAUCUGGUUACCAAAUCUGUGAGUUCAGAACCAUCGACAGAGCAGUCAUCUUUCUCAGUUGAUACAUUAAGUAGUGAACUUAAUUCCAAAGUAGAUGCCUUAUCUGAAAAAUCUAACAAUGAAAAUGAAUCUGCUUCAAUUAUUAUUCCACAAAAAAAUAACUUAGAAACAAAUAAUAAUCAAGGAGAACAACAAGAUAAGGAAGCUACUAAUAGUAAUUCCUAUAAUAUUCUAUCUAUUGGUCAUGAAGGUGUUGUAAGUGAAAACACUUAUCAUUUGUGUCUUUCUGAAGAAACAUCUCUUUCAAUAACCCCGUGCAGAACAAGAACUAAUAAGGUCGAAGCUGUUCAUGCAGACAAUGGUAGCAUAUCUGAUGCUGGAGUAGAUGCUAAAGCUGCAAACCUCGGUGAUGAAUCCACUGAUGUAUUUUCUGGUAACACAAAUCCUAUCAGUGUAAAAUCUAUAGACUUAAAUCAUGGCGCUGAACAUUCUAGAAGAAAGGCUUCAUGUGACAAGGAUACUUGUGACGACUAUAAUGGGAAUGAUCUUACUGGUAGUAAAACUGACGAGGGAAAAUAUACUACUCGUGAAACUAAUGAUAGUAAAAUGUUUUAUGGAGAUGAAUUAAGUAAUGAGAAGCGUGUCCCUGUAAUUCAUACUUCUUCAUAUCCUGUUAAUCAGAGGUCUUCUGGUUUUACGGAUAAUAUGUCAUAUAUUUCUUCCACUGAUAGUUUUGGAACUUCUACUUUUAAUAAUAAUUCAGUUAUUGAUUCAGGCACUGUAACACAUCAUAAUAAAAAUAAAUUUUUUAUGGGGUCAUCCUUUGCAGAAAUACAGGAAAAUGGUAAUAUUGAUAAGGAACAUCAUGAUCAAAAAUAUAUUGACACUUCAUUUGAACAAGGAGAAGAGAACGUAAUAAGCCUAUCCCAUAAAACUAAUAAUAUGGAACAUUCAAAUCAAAAACAUAUAGGAACACCUAAUAAUGGUUAUUCUUCUGAAAUAAGGGCAGAAGAAGGAAAAAUGAAUUCUAGCGUAACUAAAGCCACAGAUAAUGCAGGAAACACAGGAUAUGGCAUUGUGCAACGGGAACCUAAAGAUGAUGAUCAAAAAAUACCAUAUAAAAAAUACAUCAUAAUGUCUUUACUACCAGUAGCAAUUUUUCUAUUAUUGGGACUUCUUAUAAAAGUAAACUAA